GUUAUUGUUUGGUGUAUCCUACUCAGUGUAACUUGCCUCGCGUUAUUUUUGAUGGAGACAUUCGAUUUAAUUUUUAUUUUACUUAACCUAAAUUUCUCUAUAGAUAAAAUAGUGAUAUGAUAUGAAAUCACAGUGAUCUGAUAAAAACUGAAAAGAAAGUGACCGGUUAUAAUUGUGUCACUUACUUCCACUUCUUCAGGAAAGCCAUAAAGGAAAACACGAAAUAUCGAGUAUAUUUAUGAAACUGAUUACACGUCUCCAGGAAAUCCACAGAGAAAUAUUUAAAAAAAUAUACUUCCACUUCUUCAGAAAUAUUACACUUCAAAUAUCUGCUUCACACUUUAGAAAACCCAUAAUGAAAUAUCUGAAAUGGAGGCUUCCAAUUUUUCAGAAACACUGCUAGUGUCUACUUGAAACUUCUUCAGAGAAGCCACUAUACAACUUGAAACACCUCAUUCGAUAUUCCGUUCUGAACGUGAGACGAACGCUGAUCAGGCGAUAAGAUGCACAUAUCUCGAACGAAGUAAACUGUCAGCUCUGGAUAUCCGACAGGCCGUGUACGUAUAUAUUUCUCUCAGAGUUUUCUACAGUGCCGAAUAUAACCAUGGCAACUGGCGUAUGGGUCAGUUCGUUAUCGAGAGUGUCAUAAUAUUUUCGGUUUAAACGUACGCAAAAUAUAGGGCUCUUCAGGUUUUACGGUCAUACAUGACAGCAAGUGUGUUGUGGUGAAUUGAUGUGAACAGGAAUAUCACUACAAAGAAUAAAAUAGAUACUUCGAUUUAAAAUGUAUUGUGAUGCGAUUAUUAUUGAUUAAAAAUGCAUAUAAUCAAAACGAUUUGUGUCGAAACAACUAAUUUUAAGGAAGAAGGUGCAGAUCAUUGAGCGUCGGUUUGUGACGUUAUAAGUGCAAGUAAUGUCCAAUUCUCCGUUCUUUAAAACUUGUUUCUUAAACAAAUAUAGUAAUUUGUUUUUUGGAUAUCCAGAUGUCUAGCAAUUGAACUUCCAUCUUCGGUUGCAACAGGGCAUUUUAUAAUAUUUAUUCAGAAUCUCAACUGUAAUUAAUGUAUAUGUUACAAUAAGUUAUAUUCCCCGUUAAUUUGUGCGUCUUCGUAACAUUGCUCAAGAUGUUACAUGCAGUCAGAACGAUGGAGCAGCCAGAAAGUACACUUUAAUUGAGGAACUGGGAGAGUUAUAUAAGUGAAAGUGUUGCCAUGGUAAAAGCAGACGUGAUCGAAGUGAAACCAGAUAAACAUGAGGGCGCAAAUUUAGGCCGGCGUCGUUCCAGACGCCUCGGAUCGACGAGGGGUCUGCGGCCAGUAGCUGGACGGAACAACGGCUGGGUAAGGGUGUUCAGCGGGCUGCAGCAACAGCAGGAGACGAGGGGGACCCUGGUAUUCCUUACACAUAACACGACCGUGAGGGACAUCUGUCGAGACCUCGUGCUCACAGAGGACAUAUCCAUCUGGAUGCAGUACGGGGGAGGACCUAGCCAGCGUCUAUCGCCCGAGGAUUGCCCUCUCGCCUUGCAGGACAGCUUUCUGGAACGGCUGGGGUACACGACUACUGUGCGCAGGACGAGGCUGGGGAUUGACCCGGAACUCAGGCAUCUACUACGCUUCCACACGGGGCCCGCUACGCCCCAUCCGGACCUCAAGGGAUUCAGCAAAUGUGGGGCCGUGUUAGUACUUAAAGGCCUCGUAUUCCCGCAGUGGCGGAGGAGACCCAUUGCUCUGCUCCAUUCCAGGCUUUUCCUGUACCCAGGUGCAGUGAGCGGUGAACCUGAGGUUCUGGACCUGGCAGGGGGUGAAGUGGGCGUCAGACCGUCUAAAUCAGGGCGCCUAGUGUUGAGGGUUGCACCUCUCGACAACGAGAGGGUUCGGCAUAUCUUCUUGGGGUUCAAUGAAUCCUGGGAGCGAGAUCUUUGGAUGGACUGGCUAAGGCAGGCGACGCAGCUGGAAUCUGGUUCUCCGCGCUUGGACCUGAGUGGUGAGGGUGUGGAGCGCUUACCCGAGUCCCUGCCCACUUUCGUACACGUGCAGGAGCUGCAUCUGGGACGCAACCGGCUGGGUGACGGAAACCUCACGAUGCUCAGUCUGCUCCCCAGGUUAAGAUCCCUCCACCUGUCCGGCAACGCACUCCGGGUUUUCCCAACUGAUUUGCUGCAGCUGUCCUCACUGUCCCACCUCGACUUGUCCAACAAUUCCCUCACAGAACUGCCAGAGGGCAUCUGUAGCCUCAUCAGCCUGGAGGAACUUCGGGUCGAUCGCAAUGCACUCUGUCGGCUGCCGCGUGCACUGACGCGCUUGCAGAAGUUGCGCAGUUUGCUGGUUGGCCACAACUAUCUUACCGAAUUAUCGGGGUUCUUGCUCGCCAUGAAGGGCCUCACUUCUCUGGAUUUCCAGGGAAACCGAGUGGAGAGUGACAAGAUACCGGACAAGAGUGAGGCAAACAGCAAUCCUCUAAGCCGAGUGAACCUACGGGCUAACCUUCUGAAGGGGAACAUUGUUCUGGGCAAUUAUGGGAAUCUGACACAACUGGAUGUGAGUGAGAACAGCAUAGAGACACUUGACCUCAGUGCACUCAAUAAGCUGGAAUGUGUUCAGUGCUCCAGAAACCAGCUGAUUGAACUUUCACUCAAUGGCAAGGCACUCACUUCACUUAUUGCUGGAAAUAAUAGAUUACAGAAACUACACGUAAGUCCACCGCCCACACAUCUCAAGCAUCUUGAUGUCUCAUACAAUGAAUUGGAGUCGCUACCAGACUGGACUGCAGGCUGCUUCCAACUGCGAGCCUUGUUUGCAAGUCACAACAAGUUACAAGCAUUACCCAAGCAUCUAUUCUGCAGUGAACUAAGCUCCCUGCAGACCCUGCAGCUGAGUUACAAUCAGCUACAAACACUACCUGCAGUCAUCCGGCACAUUCCAUUGCAGGAAUUAUUCCUGCAGAGCAACAGUUUGGUUACUCUUCCUGCCAACUUUUUUAUCAUAUCCACAAGGAUGCGUGUGCUAAACCUGUCAAAUAAUCGUUUGUGCGAACUACCAAAUGGAUGUCAUCAGACUCACCAGCUGGAAAAACUAUACCUCACUGCCAACUGCCUUGCUGACAAUUCAUUGGAUGUUCUUGGCAAGUUUUCUAACCUCCACACACUGCAUGCAGCAUAUAACUCCAUAACAAGAUUACCUGAAAGUUGUGUUGCUGUUUGGACUGAAUUGGAGGAACUAGUACUUUCUGGUAACAAACUGCAGAAUUUGCCAGACAAUAUUAUACACCUUAAACACCUGCGUGUUCUGCGUGUGCAUUCUAACCGGCUGCAAACCAUCCCAUGCUUUGCUAAGAUGUCGUCUCUCAAGGUACUGGACCUAGCACAUAAUUGCCUGGACAGAGUGAAUCUGGCAACAUUAGUUCCUCAGCAGCUCCAGUUUCUGGAUCUGUCUUGUAAUUCCAAGUUGUAUGUGGACCCACGACAAUUUCAAGUGUACAGAACACAUCGUCCGAUGAGCUUGGUGGACGUCUCUGGACAGAACCGUACUUGCCUCCCUUCAACACCACACCAUGAAGCAGGAGCAGAUCUAGGGCCACCAUGGAAAGUGGGAUUCUCUGAGACUGCAGGACAUCGAGAACGCCUCUACAUCACUCAGAUUCGCCUGCCUGCCUUUUGCAACAUGGAAGGUCUCUUCGGUAUGUUUGACGGAGGGAAUAACAAUGACAUUCCUAACAUUCUUACCAAAGCUGUACCCCGAAUGCUGCUGGAAGAAAGAACAGUAAAAGAGACAGCCAGUGAAUACAUGAAAUAUACAAUGCUUUCAGCUCACAGGGAACUGAAAGAAACUGGUCAGAAGUAUGGUGUGUGUGGGACAUUAUGUCACAUCGUUCGAACAAGGCCCACUGGCUCACCAUCAAGUUUUCUUCCUGGGUGCCACCAUCAGUACACAAUGAGGGUAGCAAGUGUUGGAGAGGCCCGAGCAGUCCUGUGUCGCCGUUCAGGUCUAAUCAACUUGUCUCAAACCACACAGGCAAAUCCAAAUCACAGCCAGUUAGGGUGCAGUGCCAUGUUCCCACUAGUCAUUCCUGAUCCUCAUGUCACUGAAGUUGACCUGGAUGAGACUGAUGAGUUUCUGAUUAUUGCUAAUAAGAGGUUUUGGGAAGUUGUGAGCAUAGAGGAGGCUGCACAGGAGAUUCAGGGCUUCAGAAAUUCAAUCCUGGCUGCAAAGAGACUUCAGGAUCUGGCGCAGAGUUACGGCAGUGAGGAGAAUCUAAGCAUAAUGGUAGUGCACUUUGGUAACCUGGCCAGCACAGAUGUGGAACAGAUGAUGCGAGAGUUACGGCACACAAUCCAAAAGACUAAGCAACAGUGCCAGUGCAACUGCUGUUGUGGGGAUGGGCCCCACAGACAGAGGUACUAUGUACAGAACCCUCCAGAAGCAGACCGCUCAUCUCCAAGUGGACAGAGUGAUCAUGCCAGCAGUGACUGCAUGGGAAGGAACCGCCUGCUGGAACAGGAUAGAAUGGCAACACUGUACAAGAAUAAUUUAAUGACAUCGACACAGUCUGUACUCAUGCAUGAGAAUGGAACCAAAAAAAUGGGCCCAGCCAUAGAAAGACGUAGUUACAGAGACAGCAGGCGAAGCAACGGCGGUGUGUUUAAGGCAAUUCGCAGCAAAGUAGACUCAUACAGCAAUGGACAUCUUGCAGAUGCAGAGGAGGAAACAGGUUCAGAUCGAUCAGGGACAGAAGUGUCAGAGGAACAGUUUAAGUGUUGGGAGUACAUGCUUGAGCAGAACACACAGCUACUAUUUGACAAGGAACUUGACACCUUGUCCAGAGGAUUUGGUCGACGUGCAGUUCCUCGGGCAGGUGUUCCACUGGACCCUCUGUGGCAUGAGCCAUCAGUACCGCUCAAACAUCGGGUGAAAGCCCUCUCUCGGAGCAGCCCACACCUAUCAGACUCAGCAGCUAUGCCAGCAGUUCCAUUUCUAUCCCGCCAUUUUGGUAGUGCUCGUUCUUUUAAUCCAAUUGGGCAGACAUCAGUGAGAUUUGGCUCAGGGCGACAUAUUUUAAAUGGUGGACCAAAUGCAGCUUAUUUUGGUAGUUUACAGAGGCUUAUACCAUAUAACCUUGAGUAUAAUUUCUCUGUGAUACAGGAAAGGGGGGGAAACCAAGACUCUUUGGAACAAGAUGGUCGAAUGCAACAGUACUGGGGUGUCACAACAACAGAACUAUGACAUCGGAAUAAUGCUACUAAACAUAUGAACUGACUGUACUAUUUUAUUGUGUAGUGCCUUUUCUAUCUCAGCUAACAAAGAAAGAUCAACAGAGCAAAUUUUGAAAGCAUUUUGUAAAUAAAUUUACAUCAGAGAAAUUGUGCCACUUAAAUACUCUAUUUCCUGGUAAAAUUUCCCAGUUCACUAUUCCACUGCAACCUUCCAAUAAGGUAAAGGUAAAGUUGUCCCUGUGCUUAAUUAAUUACACCACAAAGAUGUAUGGAUCUAUGUAUUCUUGACCUCGGCACAAGUUGGAGGUGAGUGGUUAGAUUUACGCUCCAGUAUCUUUACCCCCAAGGAAA